AUGGGUGAGAGGCCGACCGUUCCAGAGUUAACAAGCGGCAGCAGCCAUGGCUCAGAGUCCCACCGCUCAAGAGGCAACAAGCGACAGCAGCCAUGGGUGAGAGGCCCACCGUCCCAGAGGCAACAAGCGGCAGCAGCCAUGGGUGAGAGGCCAACCGUUUCCGAGGCAACCAGCGGCAGCAGCCAUGGAGGCAACAAGCGGCAGCAGCCAUGGGUCAGAGGCCCACCGUUCCAGAGGCAACAAGUUGCAGCAGAGAUAGGUCAAAAGCCCACCGUUCCAGAGGUAACAAGCGACACCAGCCAUGGGUCAAAGGCCCACCGUUGCAGAGGCAACAAGCGGCAGCAGCCAUCGGUGAGAGGCCCUCCGUUCCAGAGGCAACAAGCGGCAGUAGCCAUGGGUGAGAGGCCCACCGUUCCAGAGGCAACAAGCGGCAGCAGCCAUGGGUCAGAGGCCAACCGUUCCAGAGGCAACAAGUGGCAGCAGCCGUGGGUCAGAGGCCCACCAUUCCAGAGGCAACAAGCAGAAGCAGCCAUGGGUCAGAGGCCAACUGUUACAGAGGCAAAAAGCGGCAGCAGCCAUGGCUCAGAGGCCCACUGUUCCAGAGGCAACAAGCGACAGCAGCCAUGGGUUAGAGGCCCACCGUUCCAGAGGCAACAACUGGUAGCAGCCAUGGGUCAGAGGCCAACUGUUCCAGAGGCAACAAGUGUCAGCAGCCAUGGGUCAGAGGCCCAACGUUCCAUAGGUAACAAGCGACAGCAGCCAUGGGUCAGAGGCCCACCGUUCCAGAGGCAACAAGCGGCUGCAGCCAUGGGUGAGAGGCCCACCGUUCCAGAGGCCACAAGCGGCAGCAGCCAUGGAUCAGAGGCCAGCUGUUCCAGAGGCAACCAGUGGCAGCAGCCAUGGGCCAGAGCCCCACCGUUCCAGAGGCAAAAAGCGACAGCAGCCAUGGGUGAGAGGCCCACCGUUCCAGAGGUAACAAGUGUCAGCAGCCAUGGCUCUGAGGCACACCGUUCCAGAGGCAACAAGCGACAGCAGCCAUGGGUGAGAGGCCCACCGUUCCAGAGAGGCAACAAGCGACAGCAGCCAGGGGUGAGAGGCCCACCAUUCCAGAGGCAACAAGCGGCAGCAGCCAUGGGUCAGAGUCCCACCGUUCCAGAGGCAACAAGUGGCAGCAGUCGUGACUCAGAGGCCCACUGUUCCAGAGGCAACAAGCGGCAGCAGCCAUGGGUAAGAGUCCAACCGUUCCAGAGGCAACAAGUGGCAGCAUCCAUGGCUCAGAGGCCCAACGUUCCAGAGGCAACAAGCGACAGCAGCCAUGGGUCAGAAGCCCACCGUUCCAGAGGCAACAAGCGGCAGCAGCCAUGGGUAAGAGUCCAACCGUUCCAGAGGCAACAAGUGGCAGCAGCCAUGGCUCAGAGGCCCAACGUUCCAGAGGCAACAAGCGAGAGCAGCCAUGGGUCAGAGGCUUACCGUUCCAGACGCAUCAAGUGGCAGCAGCCAUGGGUCAGAGGCCCAGUGUUCCAGAGGCAACAAGCGGCAGCAGCCAUGGCUCAGAGUCCCACUGUUCCAGAGGCUACAAGCGACAGCAGCAAUGGGUGA